UUGCAGAAAAAGGCAGGUCGUCCGGUAGCAGUGGGCAAACGAGGUGGUGGAAAAGCAAAAAAACUGAGCAAAUCAGCUCGUGCCGGACUUUUGUUCCCGGUCACUCGAUUUCACCGUUUGCUCAGGAAGGGCCGAUACGCGAAACGUAUCUCCCAGUCCGCUGCUGUAUACAUCAGCGCCGUGAUCGAAUACCUUUCAGCCGAGAUGCUGGAGCUAUCCGGAAAUGCGUGCCGGGACAACAAGCGACAACGACUCAUACCGCGUCACAUCGUGCUGGCUAUGAAGAACGAUGAAGAGCUAAACCAGUUCUGCUCGCGAGUUACUUGUCCCGGUGGUGGUGUCCUGCCAUUCGUUCAUCCGGUACAUCUGAUUUUUUGGGGGCGUCGUAUUGGUUAUGAUUGA